AUGGGUCCAAGGGGUUGCGUUGGUCCCGGACUUUGGCUUCUCCCCGAAGAGCCGGGUUCCUUGUGCUGUGCGCCGUGCCGCUCUCAAACCCGCGGGUUUACACUUUACGGUAAUGCUUCUGCCUCUCUGCCUCAACCUAAGCCUAGGACGCAAGUCAGGUCGUCGUCAAACGGCAAGGUCACGUUCAUGCAGUCAGGCGGUGCCUGUAAUCGCGUCUCGGUACCACCCAUCCGUCCAUCAUCCCGUCUCAUCGGACACAUCAGUCUCUGCUUGAGACGACAACCUGGUCGAGGCUUGACUAUGGACACCAUCAGAUGA